GCAUCUUAAACAAAGCACCCUGUUUGAGUUUAUUUAUUUAUUUAUUUAUUUGUAGUUAAUCGUUUAGGAAUCAUGUAGGAUGUUUUAGGAAACUAGUCCAGACUCCAUACCAGUAGGUGGCGUUAAAGCACCACCAAUAUGGCUAUAACGCAAUAAAACUAAAAAAUAAAGAAGAAGAAGACCUCCAGCAUGACUUCUGUGACAGUCAUAAACAAGACAACAUCAUGAAAAACGUCGAAAUGAUCUAUUAUAUAUUUGUUUCUUGUUAACCGGAUGUUGUAAACCAUGAAGCAUUGCCCUGGGUGUUGUUUUGGAUGUAUACACGCCUCUAGAACAACUUUCCGACUUGGAGAUUUAAUUCAGACUCAUAUAAAUCAUGUGGAAAUGUUUAUAUCUGCAGAUAUGUCGCAUUCACAGCUCGAGCCUGCUGCUGAAGGGGAAGAGUGGUGCAGCGAAGCGCUGGAUGAUGCGCCACAUGAACGACCCCUUCGUUAAAGCAGCUCAGCUUCAGCACUUCCGCUGCAGGAGCGCCUUCAAACUGCUGGAGAUAGAUGAGAAGUACCGCCUUCUGAAGCCUGGCCUCAGUGUCAUAGACUGCGGUGCUGCACCCGGAGCCUGGAGCCAAGUAGCAGUGCAAAGGGUCAAUUCAACUGGAGAAAGGCCUGAUUUAGCCAGAGGGUGUGUAUUUGGUAUAGAUCUGCUCCACAUUGCCCCUUUGCAAGGUGCCCACUUCCUGUCCAACCGCGAUAUCACCAGUCCUGCUACUCACGCCGAGCUGCAGGAGCUCCUUCCUCAAGCUUACGCUGAUGUCAUCCUCAGUGACAUGGCACCCAACGCCACUGGGCUUAGAGAGCUGGACCACGAGAGACUCGUGUGCAUGUGUCUUUCACUGCUAGAGCUGGCCGAGAAGUUGCUGCGGCCUGGAGGCUCGUUGCUGUGUAAGUUCUGGGAUGGAGCGCUCACACAUAAGCUCCGGGAAGGUCUUACCCAAACUUUUCAAGAUGUGAAGACCGUGAAGCCCAAAGCAAGCAGGAAAGAGUCGGCUGAGUUAUAUUUCCUAGCUAGAACAUUCCGGAAAACGUAGUAUCGCUCUUCAUGGACCUAGAUUAUCGACAGGAUUUUUCAAAGGUUAUUUCUGAAGCAUCAUGUAUCAGGGAUAAUUUUUUUUUUGUUGUUGUUGUUUUGUUUUGUUUUUUACAGUGGGCAGUUUCAAAUAUAUGAAAGUUAUUGCAUAACCACAGACGCCUUCAUUACUUGGUUCUGAAUAUACAGCAUGUCUGCAAAACUGUUUAUUACAUCUGUUUAUGUUUGUUCGUGGGCUGUCUUUGGCAGAAUUAAUACAGAGAAAUAAUAAAUAUAAAAUAAUCAUUAAAAACACACAGCAAAAGGUUGGUUGGUUGUUUCAUGUGCUGCAUGCAGCAUCACUUCUGGUGCAAAAUAGCCUUAAUCUGCAAACCCAAAACCUCUGACUGGCAUCCUUUGUAGUUUAAGACCUUAAAUGGAUUACUAAAUGUUAUUGGAAAUGUUUUAUCUGUUUUCUGCCCAUACCCUCUUCCCCCAAAAAGAUUAAUAUCUGACCGCCUACUCCAACCUGCAUGAGAGCUGAAACAAUACAAUACAAUACAGUGGCCAAGAUUCUAUUAUUCUUCUGCCAACAUGCUGCUUGUUGGUUUCGAGAGCCAUAUUUUUCCCCUCUGUUGUACACCCAGAAUGUGAAUUUACCUCAAUCUGUUUGAGGCCAGGUUGGACUUGUGGAUCCAUUUUACAAAAUCAAACUCUAUUGAGUUAGACCUCUUCACAGAUUCAUUUUGCAAAAUCCACACUGCAUAGGUUUGUGCCUUCAGCCGUAGGUCUUAGAAAGUACUGAGCACUGUUGCAGCAAAUCUUAAUUUUACUACACUUAGCUGAUGUAGCAGUUUGAUUCAGACAGUUACCAUCAAACACUGGAGGCUGACAGGGAGGUUCAGUAACUAAUCUCUCGGCUCAGUGUAAUGCACUGAACUCUAAUGCAGUUGUACAUCUCUAUAUGCACCUUUAACUAUCAUGAUGUUGAAGCAUUUUUGAAUGCAGAGUGACUAUUUAUGAAUUAUUCAGCCGUGAAUUAUUUUUAUAGAUUAAUGCAAGGUUGUGCUGAAGUAUUUAGCGCCUUUCUUUUUGGAGGAGAAUUCUAGAUCUAUGAGAAAUUAGGACAGAACAAACAUUUGAACUGUGCUGGAAUCAAAGCAGUAACAGAUGUUUGCAGCUGUGAUGUGAUGUGGCAUUUGGGUGACUACAUGGGAAUAAAGGACUGAAAAAUGGAGCUUUUUCUCUUUCACAGACUAAAGAUUAGUGAUACAGUCAAUUAGGUUAAAAAAAAACAAAAAUACAUCCAACGUCUUGCAA